UCUGGAAUUGGAAUUCUGCCUAGUUAAAACUAAAUUAUGACUAGUACAGCCAAGGGUAUAUUAUGUCAAAACGGCUUGCCAUAGCCAGAUAGUUAUACUGCAAUGAAAAGAUUCUUAAAACAGUGAAAAACAGAGUUUUAAAGUGACAUUAUUGUAGCUGUCACACUGUCUCUGUUUCCCCUGGUUGUUGUGGACCUUUAGUUUGUAUUCCUUAGUUCCUGUUUCCUUUGUUAUGUUGUAGUUCUUUUUGUUCAUUGGCUCCCAGUUGAUUGUCUCCCAGAUGUGUCUUGUUAGCCCUCAUUAGUUUGCAGAGAUACUCUUGUUAUAGGGAGAUGGAGGGGUCUGUAUAUGCAUACAGGUCGAUGACGUACUUCUGCUAAAAUCUCAGCCAGGCUGUUACAUCGGGCAAUGGCAUCAUAGGGAAAAAUGGCGUUUCGCUUCAGGAUGCACAUAGGAUUACGAAAUUUGAAUGUUUUCUUACUAAACACAUCCUAAUCACUUGGUGAAAAAUUCCCUUAGUGCUAUGAGAGUGGGGGUGACCUAGCUGGAUGAGAUUUUAGCGGACACGCAAAAGGGAGCUGAAUUGAAGAGUGAACACAACACUGAAAGUACCCUAAACAAGUCUUAUAACAGUCAUAUUACAUCAAAUACACAUACACUACAUAUACAUUAAAGGACCCAUUGUAUGAAAGUCCAUUUUUUUCUGUGUUUAAGUGCUAUAAUCGGGUCCCCGGUGUAUCUAGCAACCCAGAAAACGUGAAAAACAAGAUCCAAGUAACUUUGUUUUGGUAAGCCUUUCUCUGCAAGCAUGUGGUAACUUUGUUUUGGUAAGCCUUUCUCUGCAAGCAUGUGAGAAAUCGAGCAAUUCAGAUUUCACUCCUGAUGUGACGUAGACGCAGGCUCUUAUUAUAAUAUUACCACCCCUUAAUCUACACAAUUCCACCCACGGCGCUGCACCCAGCGGUCUACGUGACGCCAUGGCUAAACUUCGUGGACAACAUGCAAUGCUGCACAGAGUCCUUAUCUCGGAAGAGACAGGAGUGGAUUUAUUUUAUUUUUAGUGGAAAUCCCUCAGAAACCAUAAGUUAAAACCUGCUUGUUUGCACAAAUCACUUCAAGCCAGAGUGCUUUAUCAACCUGGGACAGUACAAGCAGGUUUAGCUUCAAAGUUGUUCCUCAAGAGGGAUCGAGACCAACUGAACGAGACAAGCUGCCGAUGUAAGUAAUAUUUAUCAACAGUCUGAACUGACGUACAAUUACCAUAUAUAUAGGAGGAUAACGUUAGCAUACGAUAACGAAGGGAGCUAAGUCAGUCACGGGCUAAAUAGAACAUUCAAAGCCAGUGUUAAACUUAUUCUAUAUUUAUAUGUUAUUCGGCAAAUGGGCACUUGGAGUUUAGCUGUAUGUAUGUUAAUACAUUAUGUGCGUUAAUAUGUUAAGCUGCGGCAAGUUGUUUGUUUUGCUAAUGAACAGGGACGAACACUGCAGUGAGUUUUGUUUUAAACGUCUCAAAUCAUUCAUCUUUAGGCUGAAAAAUCUGUCACAGCAUACUAUUAAUGCUCUCACGUUGUGUGUGUAACGUUAUAACUUGUCAACAACAAGCGCUAAAAUCCACGUAAUUCAACGUGAGCGCUGUUAGCUGUAACAUAUUUUUUACUCUCCGGACGAAUGAUUUGAGAUGUUUAAAACAAAACUAACCGCAGAGGAGUUCAGGAAACAUAAUUUAGCUAAACCAUUGCCAUGGCAGUACUACACAUGUGUUGUGUUGACUCGCCGGACGGAAGGGGGGUGGUGUGCGCUGUAACUCAUUAUCAUUUAAAGAGACAUGCACCAAAACGGGUUGCUGUGAGCAUAGCUGUUUUUGACGAGGCAAAAAGGGUUUUGUUUACACAGCCAUUGAGUGUUUUUAAGAAAAAUAUGUUUUCUUAAUAUACAGACAUUUCAUGAAGACCCUAAUAAAUCAUACCAACUUGUUGAAAGUGCUCAUUUUAUGAGUCCUUUAAACAGUAUGCCUAUUUUACAUUGUUGUUCUUUGGCAAUACAACCAUAUUUGAUCUUUGACCUGUAGGGUGGGGGUGUGGACAAAAUUACACUGUACACCGAGCCAUUUCAUUGAUCGUUCGUGUGAUGACUAAAGCCAUAAUUUAUCACUGGAAUGCACCUUACCAUCAGAAACACACUGACAUGUACCAACACAAGAGUCUGGGUUGUGAUUUUUGUAGGGGUGGAAUAAAUUUACUGCUCAAAAACACUGAAUCACUAUGGUCUCGUAAGCACUACAGCCGUACCGUAAAGAUUCAUUUUGCUAAAAAUGUCUGCAUAUAAAAGAACUCAAUGUAGGGCAGAGCAACUGAACUCUGACCUAUUGAUCCAGACAAUCCACACUCUCUAGAAAAUAACCUCAAUAUCUUUGGUCAGCAUAAUUCAGUUUAUGGAGUUGGAGUUGUAUACAUGACCACCAUGUGGCUUUAAUGAUUUUAUAAAAGGUAUUAAACAGACAGAGCAUCAUCUUUUGUUAUUGCCGUAUGGUUCGUUUGAUUUUAAGUUCUCCGUGUGUGGUUGGGAGCUUCUGUGUUUGUGUUUGGGUCAUGUGAUUGCCUGUGAGGGUUUAGAUUACGGGGUGUUAUCAGUUUUGAGGCGACACCCCUUGUGUGGCAGGCCUAUAUAAGUGUUCGUCAGACAAGAAACAUUUUCCUUGCCAUUUGACACGACGCUUGAAAGCAAGUAAAGAUGCCUGAGUUUGAGAAAAGUACGAUUCAUAUCAGAGACCCUGAGCGGGUGGAGCAGAUCAUUUGCUCUCUCAUUAAGGGUGGAGCAACGAAACUGCAGAUCAUCACCGAUUUUGAUAUGACGUUAAGCAGAUUUGCUGUGAAUGGAAAACGCUGCCCAACAUGUCAUAAUAUUAUUGACAAUUGCAAGUUGGUCACAGAAGAUUGUACGAAAAAGCUGCUGCAGCUAAAGGAGACAUAUUACCCUAUAGAGAUAGACCCUCAUCUAACCAUGGAAGAGAAAUAUCCGUUUAUGGUGGAGUGGUACUUUAAGUCUCACACAUUAUUGGUGGAACAGAGAUUGCAAAGGGACAAACUACCAGAGGUGGUGAGAGAAUCUGAUGUCUGUCUAAGGGAAGGGUAUGAGCAGUUCUUUGACCGACUGCAAACGCACAGCGUUCCAGUGUUUAUCUUUUCAGCGGGUCUGGGAGAUGUGCUGGAGGAAAUUAUCAAACAGGCUGGUGUCUACCACCCCAAUGUCAAAGUGGUGUCCAACUUCAUGGACUUUGAUGACAAUGGAGUUCUGAAAGGCUUUAAAGGAGAGCUGAUUCAUGUUUAUAACAAGCAUGAUGGUGCCCUGAGGAACACAGAAUAUUUUAAACAAUUGAAGGGCAACGGGAACAUUAUUCUGCUCGGAGACUCACUCGGUGAUCUCAAUAUGGCAGAUGGUGUGCCCAAUGUGGAAAACAUCCUCAAGAUUGGCUUUCUCAAUGAUAAGGUAGAGGAACUAUUGGAAAAGUACAUGGACUCUUAUGAUAUUGUCCUGAUGAGGGAUGAAACUCUUGAAGUGCCAAAUUCCAUUCUACAGAAGAUCUUAUAAUUGACAUAAUGUGUCACAACCCUGACUGGUGUGGAAUGUCUUGAAUUGUAGGAUAUUUGGAGUCACCUGGAUACUGAGAUUAAACUCCACCUGCAUGCUCCAAGAUUUACAUACUCAGUUCCUGUUUUUCUUUUAAAUCAACUGGUUUAUUAAACACCCUGCUGUUGUGGCAUCAAGGAUCUUGAUGUAAACACAUAUCAAAAGAACACCAGUUGCAUAUUGUUAAGAUUAUUGUUUGCGGUAUUUUUGAUAUGGAAACAUUUGGAAUUGUCACACCGUGGGACAGCUAACUGGCGUGUGUCGGUCAUGAUCACUAUUAAAAUAAUCUGCACUUUUGAAUUCUAAAGAGCUGUUACGGUUCUCUUUUUUUACUUUAUACGAAUGCCUGAAUGCACAGAACAUGAAAAGCAAGCAAACCAAUUUAUAUUGUUGCCCAAUCCUUCAUGUUGAAGCUAUGUGUUUUGUCCUGCAAUAAUUUCUUACAGUUAAACCACUUUUGGGGCGUAGAAACUGUCCUAAAUUUGAUUUUACCAUCAUUUGUCAAAGUACGUACGUGUGAUUCAUAGAACGACCAUUUAUAUAAAUAUGAACGUUCCCAUGGAUUUUUGCGUACGCACACUCUAGACCGAAUCCAUGCAUAUGCACGCUUUAUAAACGAGGCUCCUGGUGUUAACAUGCACCGUGUCAGGUAUAGUUCCAUCCUCACUUAAAACUGCUGUGAUCACUCCUCUUCUUAAGAAGUCGGGGGCUUAUCCAAGUAAUUAUGAUAACUUUCAUCCUAUUUCAAACUUACCCUUUAUUUCUAAAGUCCUGGAGAGGAUCAUUGCAGAACAGGUCCGCCAUCAUCUUUCUGACAACAUGUUGUAUGAAAAAUUUCAAUCUGGGUUUCGUGCACACCAUAGUGUCGAGACUGCUUUAGUUAAAAUUUCUAAUGACUUAUUGUUAGCCACUGACACAGGAUCAUUAUCGAUACUGGUUUUACUUGAUCUUAGUGCAGCAUUUGAUACAAUUUCGCAUGAUAUUCUGUUAAGCUGGAUGGAAUCGAUUGGAAUUACUGGAACUGUACAUUCUUGGUUUAGGUCGUAUUUAACUGGGCGUACUCAAUUCGUUCAAUUAAAACAAUAUACAUCAGAGUUGUCUGAUGUUGUUACUGGGGUUCCACAGGGCUCGGUCCUGGGUCCUCUCUUAUUUAUCAUUUACCUUUUAACACUUGGUAAUAUUUUUAGGAAGUUUAACAUCCAGUUUCACUGUUAUGCCGAUGACACCCAGUUUUAUUUGUCAUCUAAACCUGGUUCUACUUUUCCUUCAGUGUCUUUCUCUGACUGUGUGGCCGAGUUAAAGGAGUGGUUUACAACAAAUCUCCUGAAACUUAACAGCAAUAAAACUUAAAUUUAGCUUAUUGGCUCAAAAAAUACCUUGGCUAAUUCAGAAAGAUUUCCUACGAUUUCUGAUGAUUUGUCGGUUUCCAUGUCUUCUCAGGUUAAAACGCUGGGUGUCAUUUUCGAUUCUACCUUAUCAUUUGAAGCACAUGUAAACAGUAUAGUUCGAACUGCAUAUUUUCAUUUGCGCAAUAUUAAUCGUCUUCGUCCGUCUCUAUCAGUGGAGAAUACAGCGACCCUGGUACAUGCUUUAGUUACAUCUCGAUUAGAUUUUUGUAAUUCUCUUCUUUAUGGCUUGCCCUCAAAGCUUCUCCACAAACUUCAAUUAGUUCAAAACUCAGCAGCACGAAUUAUAUCUAAAACCUCAGUAACUAGACAUAUUACUCCUAUACUGGAACAAUUGCAUUGGCUCCCGGUCAAAUACCGCAUUGAUUUUAAAAUUCUUCUUUUUGUUUACAAAACACUUAAUAAUCUUGCUCCCUCUUACUUGUCAGAUUUGCUCCAUAACUACACCCCGACUUGUACUCUAAGAUCAUCUACUGCACAUACUCUUGUUCCUCUUCGAGUUCGCACAACGUCUUUUGGGUCCAGAUUCUUUAGUUAUGCCGCUCCACACCUUUGGAACUCGUUACCCCAAGACGUUUAGACCCCUAAAACUUACCUGUUUAGGCAGGCUUUUCGAUGAUUAUAUCACUUGUUUUAGGGUUACUUAUGGUCUUAAUUAUUAUGUUUUUGUUUUAUUUAUUUUAAUGUUUACUUUUGUAUGCUUGUUUAUGAUUACUUCAAUUUAUGUCGGUUAAAUCAUAUGUUGUAUUAAUAGUUUUAUGGAUUAUUGUUCUAUUCAUUGUACGGUGUCCUUGAGUGUCUAGUAAGGCACCUUGAAAUAAAAUAAUAAUAAUGAUAACCUGUUGACACGAAAUAAAAUUAGUUUGGACUCUAAUGUUCUGAAAUGUGGGUAGCUGCUGGCAUAUUGCAAGAAGACCAGUCAUGUCUUAAAGUUCCAGUGUGUAAUGUUUUGGAGGGUCUGUUGACAGAAAUGCAAUAUAAUAUAACUAUGCAGGGGCGUAUAGCAGACGUAAAAGUUUCUUUUAGAAACUGGUGAUUCAUUCUGUCCCCCGCACUUUUUUUUACCCACCUUCUAAAUUUCUGCCCGUGUUCUCUCGUUUGUUACUUAGAUUUAAGUGAACUAACAUUCAGCCAGUAACAAGCCGAAUCAUCUCUUUGGCACAUCUGCCAAACACGUUAAAUCUAACGCGUAUUUUGGGGGCGUAUUUUACCCCUAAACCGCCAAAAGAGUAGAGGACGAUUACGUCCUUUUUUCAAACACACACUGUAUGUGUUGUUGUGAUGACAUGAAUUUGCAUUGAGAUGAUGCGAGCAAUGCGAUCAAGCAACAGGACAAAAAAACAAUAGAACGAGGCAUGUGAUGCGCCUUAGUGAUGUGACAUGAUAUUCCAUGUAAAACCUUUAAAUGGCAGUUUCCAAGUUGUAUUCAUUACUGAGCUCAUUAAAUGAGAAACUACAUGAAAUAUUGUUUUGUCCUGCCAUAUCGCUGUUACAUGCCUAACUAUUGUGUGUCACUAUUUUGUAGUUGUCAAUCACGUUUUGGAUGUGUCCAGUUACACAAAGUAUAAAUAUACUUAAUAUCAUAUUAAUUGUAUUCACAUAAUGUAUCUACAGUGCCCUCCACUAAUAUUGGUAAAUAUGAGCAAAGGCGGCUUUGACAUUUUUUUUAGUUGUGUUUGCAAUUGUUUGUUUUCAAUAAGAGCAGCCUUUUGUUAAUAUUUUGAGCAAACAAUCGACGGUUAAACAACAAAAAACUAAUAUCUUUCUAAGGGUCAAAAUAACCUUACUCAGUUCAGGUCAUUUCAGUUAGGUCUCAUCAAUGUUGCAUAGAGAAAAACUUACAAUAAUGCUAUGUAGUUAAUACCAUCUUGUCUUUAUUUAAUUUAUUCAUCUAUCACUAUUCUUUUAUUAUAAUGUACUGUAUGUCCCAAGAUGGCGUAGCAGUGCAGACGUGUUUGGCGUCCUCUCAUUCUACUAUUUGUAUUUUUCAUCUUUUUUGUAUACAUUUCUAUUUAUUUUUCAUUUUUAUUUUUUUCCUACUUUAAAUUAAAUAUACCUUCCGGUAACCCACUUCCAUUAUAGCUAGCCAGAUAAGUACUAUAAUUACAAUAGCUGCUAGCUAUUUAGCCUCUGUUAGCUACUGCUAGCGACCUUUACCCUCUACACAGGCACCAGCCGAGAAUUUAUUUAUUUUUCCUGAACAAAUACCUGCCAGCCUUGGACUGUCCUUCUCCACUACAACAAAUGAUUCCUGCCGCUAACCCCUGGACCAUUACUCCUGAUCUUCACAGCUAGCUAGCUUCCACAGAAUGACCUAGCCUCGAAGCUACCCCUGUGCAUCUCCCGGUUAGCAAACAAAAUUACUACAACAACAAUUACCUCUUUCGCCGUCUGGCCCGGUCCCUUCGUCGGCGCCUGGUCUGCGGACGUGGUUCUGUCCGUUGUGCCUUCGACUUUGGGUGCCGUGUUUUCCCGCAUGCUGGGGUGGCGGUGACUACCCCUAUCACGGUACUCUACUUAGUUUACUUUUGUUUUGUUUAUCUGUCGGCCCUAGCCCCGAACAUUUCAUCUGUUUGUUGUCUUGGCUGAUUAGCUGAUGUUGACUUACCUGUUGUUGUCUUAGUUAGCUCUCCCAAUCAACACCUGUGAUUAUUCUAUGUCUGGUUUUAUGUCUCUCUCAAAUGUCAAUAUGCCUUGUGUACUGUUGUUUAUGAUAGUUUAACAUUGUGUCAGUUUUCUGCGGAGCCCCUAGUUCCACUCUACAUGCCUCAAAUACUUUGUUUGUUCCACCUCCCACACAUGCGGUGACCUCACCCAGUGUGACCAGCAUGUCCAGAGAUUCAACUUCUCUUAUCAUCACUCAGUACCUGGGAUUACCUCCACUGUACCCGCACCCCAACAUACCCCUGUCUACACAUUAUGCCCUGCGUCUAUUCUACCAUGCCCAGAAAUCUGCUUCUUUUAUUCUCUGUCCCCAAUGCACUAGACGACCUGUUUUGAUAGCUUUUUGCCGUACCCUCAUCCUACUUCUCCUCUGUUCCUCGGGUGAUGUGGGGUUAUCCCAGGCCCUGCGUGCCCCCAGGCUCUCUCAUUUGUUGACUUUUGUAAUCGAAAAAGCCUUGGUUUCAUGCAUGUUGACAUCAGAAGCCUCCUCCCCAAGUUUGUUUUACUCGCUGCUUUAGCACACUCCGCCAACCCUGAUGUUCUUGCCGUGUCUGAAUCCUGGUUUAGGAAGGCCACCAACAAUUCUGAGAUUUCCAUACCCAACUACAACAUUUUCCGCCAAGUAGGAACUGCCAAAGGGGGAGGAGUUGCAAUCUACUGUAGAGAUAGCCUGCAGAGUUCUGUCAUAUUUUCCAGGUCUAUACCCAAACAGUUUGAGUUUCUAAUCUUAAAAAUUAAUCUCUCCAGAAAUAAAUCUCUCACUGUUGCCGCCUGUUAUAGACCCCCCUCAGCUCCUGGCUGUGCCCUUGACUCCAUAUGUGAAUUGAUUGCCCCACUAUCUUCAGAGUUUGUUCUGCUGGGUGACCUAAACUGGGAUAUGCUUAACACCCCAGCAGUUAUACAAUCUAAAAUAGAUGCCCUCAAUCUCACACAAAUUAUUAAGGAAAUCACUAGGUACAACCCUAAAUCUGUAAACAUGGGCACUCUCAUAGAUAUUAUCCUGACCAACUUGCCCUCCAAAUAUACCUCUGCUGUGUUCAAUCAGGAUUUCAGCGAUCACUGCCUCAUUGCUUGCAUUCGCUAUGGGUCCGCGAUUAAACGACCACCCCUCAUUACUGUCAAACGCUCCUUAAAACAUUUCUGUGAGCAGGCCUUUCUAAUCGACCUGGCUCGGGUAUCCUGGAAGGAUAUUGACCUAAUCCCAUCAAUCGAGGAUGCUUGGUCUUUCUUUAAAAGUAAUUUUCUUACCAUCUUAAAUAAGCACGCCCCUUUCAAAAAAUGUUGAACUAAGAACAGAUAUAGCCCUUGGUUCACCUCAGACCUGACUGCCCUUGACCAGCACAAAAACAUCCUGUGGCGGACUGCAAAAGCAUCAAAUAGUCCACGCGAUAUGCAACUGUUCAGGGAAGUCAGGAAUCAAUACACUCAGGCAGUCAGGAAAGCAAAGGCUAGCUUUUUCAAACAGAAAUUUGCAUCCUGUAGUUCUAACUCCAAAAAGUUCUGGGACACUGUAAAGUCCAUGGAGAACAAGAGCACCUCCUCCCGGCUGCCCACUGCACUGAGGCUAGGUAACACGGUCACCACCGAUAAAUCCAUGAUAAUCGAAAAUUUUAAUAAGCAUUUCUCUACGGCUGGCCACGCUUUCCUUCUGGCUUCUG